AUGACGACCCUUAUGACGAAGGAAGAAGAGGAAAAAGACAACAUGGAGAAGACCUUCUAUGCUACAAGGAGCACGAUCCCAGCUUCUAUAACAAACAUGGUGGAAGAGCAUGGUGAUACACUUGCAGAACCAAACCUGGAACAACAGAUGCAGAUGUCAGAAAAUCCUCAUGUAGAAUGUGGUCCCUCAGAACCUACAGGGAUAGUUGAGAAUGAAAAGCUGAAUGUGGAGACAACAUCCAAGCAGAAAGUGGAUUUGCAGCCCCUCCCAACUCGGGCGUAUCUGGAUCAAAUGGUGGUAGCCAUUCUUUUGCAAGGCCUUUCAGUUCUGGCAAAAGAAAGACCUCCCAACCUUAUUGAAUUCUUGGCAGCUUACCUUCUGAAGAACAAGUCACAGCUUGAAAGAGAAAUUUGUUUGCACAGAGCUACACAGAACUGA